GACAAAAAAAACUACAAAAACACGUUUAAUUAGGCCACAACUGGACCGUAACCUUUGAUACGAUUUGUUUACAUCGGCACGUUAGUUUUAUAGAAAUCUAAACUAUCGAACAAUGGUCUUGGAAUAUUCUUUUGGGUCAGACAGCGUUUACCCCGAGUUACAGCCAGGAGUUUUGAGAUUAUACAGUAACAGAGUUUGUCCUUUUGCCAAAAGAACGAGACUUGUACUUGAACAUAAAAACAUCCCAUAUGAAAUAGUCAAUAUAAAUUUGGCGGACAAGCCAAAAUGGUACAUAGAAAAAGUCAGCUGUCUCGGAAUGGUUCCAGCAAUUCAACAUGAUGAUGUUAUCGUCUUUGAUUCUGUUAUUGUUAAUGAAUAUUUAGACGCUGUGUUCCCAAAAAAUAAAUUGAUACCAGACGAUCCUUACGCAGCUGCCAAGACAAAGAUGUUUGCAGAAAUUUGGUCAAGGGUACUGCGUGGUACUGGGAGAAUAUUUUCAUGUUCCCCGGGAACUGAGGGGAAUGUAUUUCCUGAUCUUUUAGCCAGCCUUGAUGAUAUCGAAAAUGAAUUAAGACUUAAAGACACUCCUUUCUUCGGUGGACAAACACCUAUGAUGAUAGAUUUUCAUAUGUGGCCUCACAUGGAGCGUAUCGUUCAUUAUUCACAACUUUUUGAGGAAUGCAAAUUAGAAGACAGCAGAUUUCAUCAUUUAAAUGGUUGGGUUAAACGAAUUACAUCACUGCCCGCCGUUAUAAAAACGAAAACACCGUUAGAUUUGUUCCAAUUAUUUUAUAAAUCUUUGAAAGCUGGAAAGAUCGACUAUGACAUUGGUCUGUCUAGAUGAAAAUAAAAGACAAAAGGAUUAAUUCCUUUAGCAAUUUACUAUUGAAACAUUAUUUGAC